GCGCGUCCCCAGCGGGUGCCCAGGCUGAGCUCCGAGCCGGGCCAGCCGCGGGGCCAGCAGCGCGUCCCCAGCGCGGGGGAACCGUCCCCACGAUGCUGCGGCUGCUGCUGCUCAGCGGGGCCCUGGGCUGCGCGGCGGAGCAGGCGGCUCCGCUCGCCUUCACCAUGCUCCAGCUGACCCGCGUCUACAUGGGCAAUUCCAUCUUCCGGGGGAACGCCAGCCUGAAUGGGCAGCUCAGCCAUCUCCUGGAAGAGAAUAAUGUCACCCAGGUGCUCCCGCUGGAGCCUCCGGACGCCUGGGCCCGGCGGCAGAACGAGGUGAUCACCUACCUGAGGAACUUCAGGCAGCUGGUGAUGCUCUUCAACAAGGAGAGACCCACCAAGUUCACCCAUCACCUGUGCUGCCACCUCGGCUGCCGCCUCUACCCCAACGGGACCACUCAGAGCUUCUACGAGGUGACCCUCAACAGGACAGCGUUCCUCAGCUUCCACGUCCCCAGCGCCACCUGGGAGCGGCGCUGGCCCGGCGAGCUCCCGGUGGCCGCCUUCGCCCAGGAGCAGCUGAUGAAAUACCCCAUAACCACCCAGGACCUGCAGUAUUUCCUCAACACCACCUGUGUCAGCAUCCUGCAGGUCCAGAGCGCCAGGACAGGAAAAGUCAGCGGCCGAUCGCACACUCCGCUGGUCCUGGGGCUGGUCCUGGGAAGCCUCGGCCUGCUGGGCAUGGCCCUGGGCAUCUUCCUGUGCACGGGAGGGAGCUGCUAGCAUGGGCAGCUGUCCCAUGUCACCCCAUGGACACAGGGGACGGACCUGUCAUCUCCCCGUGCAUCCAUCACCACCCUGUGGAGGCAGGGGACAGACCCAUCAUCUCCCUGUAGAGUCAGAGAUGGAUCCAUCAUCUUCCCAAGGAUCCAGCAACUCUCCAUGGAUCCAUCAUCACCUUGGGGAGGAAGGGGCUGGAUCCAUCAUCCCUGCAUAGAGACAGAGGCUGGAUCCAUCAUCCUUCCGUGGAGGCAGGGACCAAGUCCAUCCCUGACAAGGGAUGCGUGUCCCCAGUGCCACAGGCUUUGCUCCCCAAGGACACCGGUGGCUUCCAGUCCUGUCCCAGCUGGACUGACCCCUCCAGCAGCCCCCAGCCCUGUGGACGGUCCUCACACUGGGCAAUGUACUGAGACUCCACACGGAAACACUGGGCACGGAUGGAAAAAUGUGGGGGGAGAGGCGUGGGGGGAAAGCAGCAGGAGAAACUGGUUAAAAGGAUGGCGUUAAACCCUCAUUCAUCCCUGUUCCAGUGGGGAUGGAGGGAGGAUGUCACACCUUGUGUAAUAAAAGCAUCCAUCAUC